ACAUGUCCUCCUCCGAACUUCAGUACAUUGUUGAACUGAGUGGCCAACAAUUGCUUCCUGUCCCCGGCACAAAUGGUCACGGUCCCAUUUCCAAGCACCUACAAUUCUUGAGGGACAAAGCCCACGCAUGGUUCAAGUUUAACACACAUUCUUUUGAAACAGUCUCUUUACCAGAGGCCGAUGGAAUGCACCCUGUGGACAUGUUCCUCACCGAUGGGCAUAUCCGCUUGUGGGACGAAGAUGAAAACUGGGCCGCAAUCGUUCCGAUACUACCAAAGCCUUCUCAACAAAAAUUCGAGCGCCACUGGUCUCCAGGAACGUUGUGUUCGGUUCCCGGUUCAAUCAUAUGUAAUGUUUACAUGGAUCCAGCACAAAACCUGUUCGCCAUUGUAUAUGCUGUUUCUGGCGGUCCUCUCCCAUGGGACACAAUCUUCUAUAUUUACCUUGGAGCUCUGAAUAGUGAUUGUAUUCACCCCCGAGCUGCUGGACGGACACUGGUUUUGCCGCGGCUGCCUGGAUGGAAUUUGAUUGCGAAACUCAAGGGUUUUGAAAGGCAUAUUGCUUUGCUGCGCUGCGUAGUCGCUGCACCAGGGACUUCAUCCAACAAUAUGUGGCAGCUGCAAAUUUGGGAUUGGCAACACUCGACUGCAUCCAAUCUCUAUUCCAUCGAGGAUAUGUCCCAAACGCCGCAAUUGCUGCACAGCUCAGAACCGGAUAUGGGAGCGAUGUAUACCUCAGACCCUAAGCGUCGGCUACUUUGCAUUACUAAUAGCAUGACCUCUCCUCACCGACUGUUCAUCAUUUCCACGAAGAUCUUUUUCGACCUUGGCGGAACGGCGGCAGCAACACCAAUACCAUGGAAAUGCUGGGGCCCUUCAAAUACUCGUAUUUUCGAGCACAUGGACGAAUUCAAAGUUGGCGUUCGCGGGAAUCGAGUUUUGCAGGCAUUCCCAGUCAACGAGCCAGACUCGGUUCAUAGGGAGUUCAUAUUACAUCUGAUGGACUUCAGCCCGCUGGCUGUGACGAACAGGCGGGGUCUAGGACGAGUGGUGAAAGAGUCAUCUACGAUAGACAUCGAGGAGUCCGGGGAAAGCGUGACAACAUCUUUGCCUUAUGUCGAGGUCGUGUUGGACGGAAAGUUCGGUUCUGACCUUUUUCAGUUAGAAGAAAUAUGGAUUGAUAGGGAUAGAGUUUAUUUGCUCAACGCCAAAUGGGAACGCGACAAUAUUAUACCACAGUCUAGCUGGCUCGAGGUCAUUGACGUCUAGUGUGUAGAGCAGAGUCUAUCGCC